CAACGCUGCUCCCGCCUUCAACGGCCUCAUGCCACGCUCCGUGGUGUCGCGGGCCCCUCAACCGUACAUGUCUGCUGCCACAGCGCCAGGUAUGAUGUCUUCACAUGCCCCCUACAACACUGCAGCCUAGCUACGGCACCUCUACAUCUUCAGCCUACGGAAACCCUUAUGGUGUUCCUGGUGCCACCGGUGGGCGCGGGUAUGGAAGACAGGGAGGGCUCGACCCUGAAGAGGAGGCGCAAAUCGCAGCUUGGAACAGUGCCUAUGCGCCAAAGGAAGAUACGGGAAACAAGAAGGGACCGCAGGGCAACGCAAACACGGUCCCGCUUGGAUCUAGGACAGGCGAGACUACAUCUACCCCCGACCGCGAUGCUGCCAGUGGCACAGGCGCUGACAAGGGCAAACAGAAGACGGUCUUGCGUCAGGGCGGUGGAAAAACCUGGGAGGAUUCGUCUUUGCUCGAGUGGGAUCCAUUGCAUCCACGUCUUUUCGUCGGAAAUCUCGCGGGAGAAGUGACCGACGACUCUCUUCUCAAAGCCUUCUCCAAAUAUCCUUCCGUGUCCAAGGCGCGCGUCGUGCGCGACAAGAAGUCCACCAAGAGCAAGAGUUAUGGAUUUGUCAGUUUCUCAAACACUGACGACUACUUUCGCGCCGCCAAGGAGAUGGAAGGCAAGUACAUUGGCAGCCAUCCAGUCCGUAUAAAGCGAGCCAACACCGAAGUCACUGCAACCACUAAGAAAGACGACAAGCAUGGGAAGUAUGGAAAGAACAACAAGAAAGGAAACAAUAAACCUGGAAACGCUGCAGCCGGAGCGGGCACUUUUGCUCAUAACGGCAUCCAGAAACACCCCCAUAAAAAGUCUGGCGGACCUAGAAUUUUGGGUUGAGCUCAAUUUCCGAUCACCAUCAUUCAAGAUUGGAUUUUCGACAUCAACGCAACAAUAUGCGCAAAGUUUCAUAAAUGCGUCUUUGUGUAGCUUGCAACCGUUGAGACUGACGCGAUAAACGCCUAAACAGCUCGCUCAUCUACUACAGUCCCAGAACCAUCGCCUAUACGCCCUCGAAACGAAGCGAUAUCAGUUUGGCACGUGAAUAUGAGUAGCAGUUUAAACAUGUACACUAUGACUACACGUCUAUAAUACUUCAGAGAUUCCCCGACAUUGCCAAAGGAUUGGCAAAAAGUUAUUUUUGCGCUGGGCUUUUGCGCAGUCCUUGUAGGAUAAUCAUAAUGAAAUUUUGCAGGUAGCAGGAGGCCAGAAGAUCGGCCAUACAUACGAAUUCAAAAAAAAGUUAAAUCAACAUGAU